AUGGAUAUUCCCAGUGCUGUUUUCUGGGUCGCAGUGCGCCAGUUUCACCGGCUGCCCCUACCGACCACCGACUGCACCGGCAAGACCGUCAUUGUGACCGGCGGCAAUGUCGGCCUCGGUCUCGAAACUGCUCGCCACUUUGUUCGCCUCAAUGCGGCCCGUGUGAUCAUCGCCUGCCGCAACCUGGAAAAGGGCGAGACCGCCAAAGCAGACAUCGAGUCCACAACCGGUAGGACCGGUGUCGUCGAGGUUUGGAGCGUGGACCUCGCGUCGUUUGACAGCGUCAAGGAGUUCUGCGCCCGUGCCGCCGAGCUCGACCGCCUCGACAUUGUUAUUGAGAAUGCCGGCGUAGCUCCUGCCAAGCCACAGCUUGCCGAGGGAUAUGAGAGCCAGAUCACCGUCAACGUCAUCUCGACCGCUCUCAUGGCGCUCAAGCUCCUGACUAUCCUGCGCCAAACGUCCACAAAGUACAAUGUGGAACCUCAUCUGGUCAUUGUCUCGUCUGACGCACACCGCUUCGUCACUUGGCCGGUCAUGCGCCAAUCGGACAACUUCUUCGAGGCGCUCCGCACCGACAAGAUGUUCCACGAGCGCUACAACAUCAGCAAGCUGCUCGAGGUGUUGUUUGUGCGGGAGCUGGCACAAGCAAUGGAUCGCACGGGCAAGCCCAAGGUCGUGGUGAACACGGCACACCCAGGCCUAUGCUCAUCGCAACUCUUUCGAGAUUUGCCAGCACCUUUCUCAUGGAUACUGGCAGGCAUCAUGCUGGUAUUUGCGCGCACUUGCGAGUAUGGCGCACGGAACUUUGUAUAUGCUGGUCUCCUGCCUGAAACUCACGGUACCUAUAUCUCCGAAUGCAAGCCCAUGGAGGUGAGCCCUCGUAUCACGAACGAGCUGGGCGACAAGACGCAGAAGCAGGUCUACAAGGAACUCUUGGACGUACUUGAGAGGAUUGAACCCGGCGUUACCGGAAACAUCUGA